UAAAGUCCGUCCUUGGCGGCGCGCGAACUUGACGAAUUCACAUCACCGCUUUGGCUGCCCGCACCACAGUCGCAGCGCGACACCGCCCCGUGAUGUCUCUGUCCAAACGCCCGGCGCACGAUGCCUUCGGCUCGAACCAGCUGGUCAAGCGCGCAAAGUCCGACGCCAACCUCGACAGCUCCGCCGUGGCCAUCUCCAGCGGGACCGGGCAGAAUGGCGCGCUCAUACAAGCAGGACAGCGAGGGCCGCUGCAGUCGCCCGUCAUGGAGCUGACCGGCCACUCUGGGGAGGUCUUUGCGGCGCGCUUCGACCCGACCGGCCGCUACAUUGCCUCUGGGUCCAUGGACCGCUCCAUCUUGCUUUGGCGCAGCUCGGGCGCCUGCGAGAACUACGGCAUCCUCACCGGACACAAGCAGGCCGUGCUGGACCUGCACUGGUCGCGCGACUCCAAGGUGCUGUUCUCGGCCUCGGCAGACAUGCACCUCGCCAGCUGGGACGUCGAGACGGGCGAGCGGAUACGGCGCCACCCGGGGCACGAGGAGGUCAUCAAUUGCAUGGACGUGAGCAAGCGCGGCGAGGAGAUGCUGGUCAGCGGCGCCGACGACGGCUACAUUGGCAUCUGGGACUCGCGCACCAAGGACGCCGUGACCUUCAUCCCCACAGACUUCCCCAUCACAGCCAUCUGUCUCGCCGAGGCCGGCAACGAGCUGUUCACCGGCGGCAUCGACAACGACAUCAAGGUCUGGGACCUCCGGAAGCAGGCCGUCACGUACACCCUCAUUGGCCACGCCGACACCGUGACGUCGCUCCAGCUCUCCCCCGACAACCAGACACUGUUGUCAAACGCCCACGACUCCACUGUCAGGACAUGGGAUGUGAGGCCCUUUGCCCCCGCGGACCGCCGCAUAGGAACCUUCGACGGCGCACCGACCGGCCACGAGCGCAACCUGCUCAAGGCUAGCUGGGAUUCCAAGGGCGAGAAGAUCGCUGCCGGGAGUGGAGACCAGAGCGUAGCCAUCUGGGAGGCACGGACGGGGAAACUCCUAAACAAACUGCCCGGCCACCGAGGCGCAGUGAACGACGUGCGCUUCCACCCGCUCGGGGAACCACUUUUGGUCUCCGCCUCGUCCGACCGCACACUCAUGGUCGGAGAGCUAGCAAGGUGAGAUUGUGGAGUCUGAAGCACUUGGCUGCCGACUUUAGAUUUAGAAGCACCGCGAGCGCGGGGGAAGGCCUCAGUCGAGCGGAGAACCAGCCGCCCC